UGGUAGCGAACAGCUGUUACAAUCGUUAAUUAGUAGGUAAAAAUUGCGUGUUUUAAAAAACCAAAAUAUUCAAAUAUUAUCCAACAAAAUGGCCCUGCGACGCUGUCAUCUGAAUCCUAAGAAAACGCUCUUCCUGCUGUGCGAUAUUCAGGAGAAAUUCCGACCGGCCAUGCCGCUUUUCGACAACAUGAUCAAGAACGUCGACAAACUUACCAAGGCGGGCAAGGCUCUCGAUGUUCCACUGAUUGUCACCGAGCACUAUCCGGAAAAACUGGGCAAAACCGUGGCCCAACUGGAUGUGAGCCAUGCAAAGCUGGUCUCCGGAAAAACCCUGUUCAGCAUGGUUACGCCGGAAGUCAAGGCCGUGAUCAAGGAUAUCUUCAGUGACAAGCCCGAGGAUGUGGUGUUAUAUGGGCUGGAGUCCCACAUUUGCGUGGAGCAAACCGCCAUCGAUCUCCUGGAGCAGAACAUCAACGUGUACAUAGUGGCGGACUGCUGCUCCUCCAGGCUGAACCAGGAUCGGGACUUGGCCCUGGAACGCCUGCGCCAAGCGGGCUGUGUGAUCACCACCAGCGAGAGCGUUAUCUUCGACUUGGUUCGGGACAAGAACAACCCCAAGUUCGAUGUGGUCCGGAAACUGGUGAAUCAGCCCUCGGUGGACAUGGAACUCACGCGCAAUGGGAACGGAUUGCCAGUGGGCAGUGCCAAGCUGUGAGGGGAAAGGGGAUACCAACCCAUUUAUUUGUCUGUUUGUGAUGAUGCCAAUUGCAUUUAUAUAACCAUCAUGCAGAAAA